AUGACUGAUUUCAUCCAGAAGGAAUUUCAGUUAAUGCUGGGAAACAGCCAACACCCUCCCGCCCAACAGCAAAUCCCCCCACAACCAACCCCCCACAACCAACCCCCCCACAGCAAAUCCCCCCACAACCAGCCCCCCCACAACCAACCCCCCCACAGCAAACCCCCCCCCACAACCAACCCCCCCACAGCAAAUCCCCCCACAACCAGCCCCCACACAGCAAACCCCCCUACAACCAGCCCCCCCACAAUCAACCCCCCCACAAUCAACCCCCCCACAACCAGCCCCCCCCACAAUCAACCCCCCCACAAUCAACCCCCCCACAACCAGCCCCCCCACAACCAACCCCCCCACAACCAACCCCCCCACAGCGAACACCCCCACAACCAACCCCCCACAACCAACCCCCCCACAGCAAACACCCCCACAACCAACCCCCCCACAGCAAACCCCCCACAACCAGCUCCCCCACAACCAACCCCUCCCACAACCAACCCCCCCACAACCAAUCCCCCCACAUCAAACCCCCCCACAACUGACCCCCCCACAACUAACCCCCCCACAACCAACCCCCGCACAGCAACCCCCCACAACCAACCCCCCCACAGCAACCCCACUACAACCACCCCCCCACAACCAAUCCCCCCCACAGCAAACCCCCCCACACCCUUCAUACCCUACAGCCAACCACUCCACACCCUACAGCCAACCCCCCACACCCUCCACACCCUACAGCCAACCCCCUCACACCCUACAUACCCCACAGCCAACCCCCACACCCUACAUACCCCACAGCCAACCCCCCACACCCUACAUACCCUACAGCCAACCCCCCCACACCCUACAUACCCUACAGCCAACCCCCCACACCCUACAUACCCUACAGCCAACCCCCCCACACCCUACAUACCCCACAGCCGACCCCCCACACCCAGCCCCCCCACAACCAACCCCCCCCACAACCAAGCCCCCCACAGCAAACCCCCCACAACCAGCUCCCCCACAACCAACCCCCCACAACCAAUCCCCCCACAUCAAACCCCCCCACAACCGACCACCCCACAACUAACCCCCCCACAACCAACCCCCGCACAGCAACCCCCCACAACCAACCCCCCCACAGCAACCCCCCCACAACCACCCCCCCACAACCAACCCCCCCACAGCAACCCCCCCACACCCUUCAUACCCUACAGCCAACCACUCCACACCCUACAGCCAACCCCCCACAUCCUACAUACCCCACAGCCAACCCCCCACACCCUACAGCCAACCCCCCCACUCCCUACAUACCCCACAGCCAACCCCCCACACCCUACAUACCCUACAGCCAACCCCCCCACACCCUACACACCCACAGCCAACCCCCCACACCCUACAUACCCCACAGCCGACCCCCCCCCACACCCUACAUACCCUACAGACAACCCCCCCACACCCUACAUACCCCACAGCCGACCCCCCCACACCCUACAGCCAACCCCCCCACACCCUACAUACCCUACAGCCAACCCCCCACACCCUACAUACCCACAGCCAACCCCCACACCCUACAUACCCUACAGCCAACCCCCCCACACCCUACACACCCACAGCCAACCCCCCACACCCUACAUACCCCACAGCCGACCCCCCCACACCCUACAUACCCUACAGACAACCCCCCCACACCCUACAUACCCCACAGCCGACCCCCCCACACCCUACAGCCAACCCCCCCACACCCUACAUACCCACAGCCAACCCCCCCCACACCCUACAUACCCUACAGCCAACCCCCCCACACCCUACAUACCCACAGCCAACCCCCCCACACCCAACAUACCCCACAGCCAACCCCCCCACACCCUACCUACCCACAGCCAACCCCCCCACACCCAACAUACCCCACAGCCAAACCCCCCCACACCCUACAUACCCACAGCCAACCCCCCACACCCUACAUACCCCACAGCCAACCCCCACACCCUACAUACCCACAGCCAACCCCCCCACACCCAACAUACCCCACACCCUACAUACCCACAGCCAACCCCCCCCACACCCUACAUACCCCACAGCCAACCCCCACACCCUACAUACCCUACAGCCAACCCCCCACACCCUACAUACCCCACAGCCGUACCCCCCACACCCUACAUACCCUACAGCCAACCCCCCACACCCUACAUACCCUACAGCCAACCCCCCACACCCUACAUACCCCACAGCCAACCCCCCACACCCUACAUACCCCACAGCCAACCCCCACACCCUACAUACCCUACAGCCAACCCCCACACCCUACAUACCCUACAGCCAACCCCCCACACCCUACAUACCCCACAGCCGACCCCCCCACACCCUACAUACCCUACAGCCAACCCCCCACACCCUACAUACCCUACAGCCAACCCCCACACCCUACAUACCCUACAGCCAACCCCCACACCCUACAUACCCUACAGCCAACCCCCCACACCCUACAUACCCUACAGCCAACCCCCCACACCCUACAUACCCCACAGCCAACCCCCACACCCUACAUACCCCACAGCCAACCCCCACACCCUACAUACCCUACAGCCAACCCCCACACCCUACAUACCCUACAGACAACCCCCACACCCUACAUACCCUACAGCCAACCCCCACACCCUACAUACCCCACAGCCAACCCCCACACCCUACAUACCCCACAGCCAACCCCCACACCCUACAUACCCUACAGCCAACCCCCACACCCUACAUACCCUACAGCCAACCCCCCCACAGAACACAGAAAGAUUCAGCAGGUUAGAUCAUCUAUAUAUCUAUAUAUAA